UGGCUGCCGCCGCGGAAGCGAAGCCACCUAGAGACUCCGUGCUGCUUGGGUGCUGCUGCGCGUGCGCGGGCGCGGGCGGCGCGGUGCCGGAGUCGUGUUCUUUGCCGCCUCCGCCGCCGGGCCAUCUACCCGGGAUUUGAGUCUCGCGCCUUCUUCGUUCGCUCGCCGGGGGUUCGCGCCCCUCUCGAGACCCCGGGCAGCGAGGCUGGGGAAGGGGUUGGAGGGGGCUGUUGAUCGCCGCCUUUAAGUUGUGCUCGGGGCGGCCAUGUCGGCCGGCGAGGUCGAGCGCCUAGUGUCGGAGCUGAGCGGCGGGACCGGAGGGGAUGAGGAGGAAGAGUGGCUCUAUGGCGGCCCAUGGGACGUGCAUGUGCACAGUGAUUUGGCAAAGGACCUAGAUGAAAAUGAAGUUGAAAGGCCAGAAGAAGAAAAUGCCAGUGCUAAUCCUCCAUCGGGAAUUGAAGAUGAAACUCCUGAAAAUGGCGUACCUAAACCGAAAGUGACAGAGACUGAAGACGAUAGUGAUAGCGACAGUGAUGAUGAUGAGGAUGACGUUCAUGUCACUAUAGGAGACAUUAAAACGGGCGCACCACAGUAUGGGAGUUAUGGUACAGCACCUGUAAAUCUUAACAUCAAGACAGGAGGAAGAGUUUAUGGAACUACAGUAGGAACGAAAGUCAAAGGAGUAGAUCUUGAUGCACCUGGAAGCAUUAAUGGAGUGCCACUUUUAGAGGUAGAUUUGGAUUCUUUUGAAGAUAAACCAUGGCGUAAACCUGGUGCUGAUCUUUCUGAUUAUUUUAAUUAUGGGUUUAAUGAAGAUACCUGGAAAGCUUACUGUGAAAAACAAAAGAGGAUACGAAUGGGACUGGAAGUUAUACCAGUUACCUCUACUACAAAUAAAAUUACGGCCGAAGACUGUACUAUGGAAGUUACACCAGGUGCAGAGAUCCAAGAUGGCAGAUUCAAUCUUUUUAAGGUACAGCAGGGAAGAACUGGAAAUUCAGAGAAGGAAACAGUGCUUCCAUCUACAAAAGCUGAGUUUACUUCUCCUCCUUCUUUGUUCAAGACUGGACUCCCACCAAGCAGAAACAGCACCUCUUCUCAGUCUCAGACAAGUACUGCCUCCAAAAAAGCCAAUUCAAGCGUUGGGAAGUGGCAGGAUCAAUAUGGGAGGGCCGAAUCACCUGAUCUAAGGAGAUUACCUGGGGCAAUUGAUGUUAUUGGUCAGACUAUAACUAUCAGCCGAGUAGAAGGAAGGCGACGGGCAAAUGAAAACAGCAACAUACAGGUCCUUUCUGAAAGAUCUGCUACUGAAGUAGACAACAAUUUUAGCAAACCACCGCCAUUUUUCCCUCCAGGAGCUCCUCCCACUCACCUUCCACCUCCUCCAUUUCUUCCACCUCCUCCAACUGUCAGCACUGCUCCACCUCUGAUUCCACCACCAGGUAUUCCAAUAACUGUACCACCUCCAGGUUUUCCUCCUCCACCAGGCGCUCCACCUCCAUCUCUUAUACCAACAAUAGAAAGUGGACAUUCCUCUGGUUAUGAUAGUCGUUCUGCGCGUGCUUUUCCAUAUGGCAAUGUUGCCUUUCCCCACCUUCCUGGUUCUGCUCCUUCAUGGCCUAGUCUUGUGGACACCAGCAAACAAUGGGACUAUUACUCAAGAAGAGAGAAAGACCGAGAUAGAGAUAGAGACAGAGACCGAGAACGAGAUCGUGAUCGAGACAGAGAAAGAGAACGCACCAGAGAGAGAGAGAGGGAGCGUGAUCAUAGUCCCACGCCGAGUGUUUUCAACAGUGAUGAAGAACGAUACAGAUACAGGGAGUAUGCGGAAAGAGGCUAUGAGCGCCACAGAGCAAGUCGGGAGAAAGAAGAACGACACAGAGAAAGACGACACAGAGAGAAAGAGGAAACCAGACACAAGUCCUCUCGAAGUAAUAGUAGACGUCGCCAUGAAAGUGAAGAAGGAGACAGUCAUAGGAGACACAAGCACAAAAAAUCUAAAAGAAGCAAAGAAGGAAAAGAAGCCGGCAGCGAGCCUGCCCCUGAACAGGAGAGCACCGAAGCUGCACCUGCAGAAUAGGCGUGGUCAUGGCCUUUUGUGUGCAGUAGUGCUGGAAGUAGAUGCUAUACAUCUUCUUGUUUUUCUGGAUGAUGUUUAAGAAAUUUGCCUUUAAUCUUGUUCUGUUUGUUAGUAUGAAAAUUUAACUUUUUUCUUCUAAAAUAAAAGAGUGAAUUUUUCAUGUUAAGUUAAAAAUCUUUGUCUUGUAAUAUUUAAAAAAUAAAAAGACAGUAAUGACUUUGUAUCGAAGAAAGUAAUGUGAAUGAGUCACUCAGCAGGGAAUUUAAAGAGCUAUGUUUAGCUGUGUACAUAAUAUCUGAUUGAUAAAGGUCAAGGUUCCCUCUUGGCCAGUUUCCUUGAGUUAGUUAGUUAAUCAAAUACCAGUCUCUUAAGAAGUUGCACUGCAAAAUGCAUCAGAAUGCACCUCUGAGUUGUCUUGAGAUUAAAACUAGUCUUUCUUUUAUCAUCACUGCUGUGGCACUGUUGCUUUGCAUCUUAAAGAACUCCUCAUACAGUUUUGAUACUGCAACUUUUUGAUAGCAGGUUUUCAGUGUUCUAAAAUUUGGGUUCAUGGUGAAACUAAAGGGGAACUUUUCUAUCCAAAGUAAUAAAAUCUAACGGUAUUUGGGUGGCCUGUGAAAUAACUUGCCCUAAAUGUAGUUUCUGGCAGGCACAUGGACAAAUACUCGUCACUGUGACACAAAUUUGAAUUGCCUCAACGCCAUCUUUUAUGAGCUAGGUCAAGCUGGUUUGGCCUUUCUUGAUGCUUCUUCCAAGGCUCAUUGGUUGAGCAGCACGUAGAGUUUGUAUACAGUUACUAGCUAUACUGUGAAUAAAAAUAAAUAAGAGCCUUAGAUUAGUCAUUUCCCAUUACAUUUAAGAAAGUACAAGUUUAUAUAAUUCUGUGCACAUUUUUAGGGAUAGCCCUUAGAAGGUAUUUGUCAGUGAUGGUAGCAACAUGGUUUUGAAAGAAUGAAUUACUAGGAACUUUUAAAUAGUGAUAAUAGAAAUGAACUUAGUAUCACAUACUAAAAGACAGCUAUAUAAUUUUUGAAAAAUAUUUAUUUCUCAUUUGAUGAACAUUUUUCAGCAAUGCACUUUUAAAAUCCUCUGCCUGGAAAUUGUUUUUAAAAUGCCCAUAAUGUACCCUUUGCAGACCUCAGCAUAUACCAGAUUUUAAUUUAACUGUAUGAUUUGAAUUCAGUGGGGGCAUACAAACCAUGUCAGCUGUUUAAGAGCUUUUUAUUGAAUAGAAAAAUAUAAAGUUCAGAGUAAUGAGAAAUGCUCCACACUGAAUAAAAACUAUUAGUAAUGUUUAUAUUUUGAGAAUUAUAUUUUCUGAGGUGUAAUUGGCUUUUCAUUAGAUCCUUUUUCUGACAUUAAAGUUUAUAUUUUUACGUUGUAGCCUUCAAAUGCAAAAAUUGACAAGAUAAAUCGAUUGUUUCAACUUAGCUUAUUUGUGAUUUCCUGUUUUUCUAUGACCCAUCACUGAUUCUAUAAAAAAGUGCCAGGCCAAGAAGCAAUGGUGAGAGUAAUUUUUCCUUUAAGUUCUUUUAGCAUCCUUGCCAAGCAAGCAUGUAUCAUUCCUGAUGUACUUCUGCCAUUGACAGCAAGAAGAAUAUCACCACAUCUAAAAAAAAAAUAAAUAAGGCACAUGAUUAACAUUUUGAGCCACGGCUGAAGUUAAUGCAAGUUUUUGUGGUGGUCCUAGUUUUUGCUUCAUCUGUCAGUUUUAGUCAUAUUAUCAAUACUUCUAAUUAAGGUUCUCCCUACACCCCUCACUUAAAUUCUUCAAAUUCUAUCGUUCAGCUUGUUUUAGAAAGAAUGCUAAAAGUAUAGGAAGUUGCUGUAUGGGACCAAGAGUUAACAAAUCAUUUUGGAUUUCUUAGAAAUGGAAUGCUGCAUAAAUGUUUUAAAUUUCUUACCAAUAAAAAAAGAUACAAUAAAUAGGUGCCUUAUUUCAAAUGGGGCCAGGCUUUUUGCACGUAUAAAACACAAUCUUUGAAUAUAAGUUUUUUGUUAAGUAGUCAUUAUUAUUACCUGAUUCUUCCAUCGUUGUAUGCUGGUGUUCCUUCAACAAUGGAUUUGAUAAAAAAAGGUUUGUUCCCAUUGUAUUCUUCAUAACCUCCUACAAUGCAGAAGCCCAGACUUCCAGCUGUGUUUCUUCGCAGUAUAACAUCUUUACAGUUGUACAGGUACCUGAAAUAGAACGAAAUCAAUGUAAAUGCACAGUUAAUUUGAACUCAUAGUAAUUACUGUGAUUCAUCUCCCAUUCCCUUUAUUGGCGUUAUUUUUUUUAGGCUUAAUAGCACUGGAUGGGUCUCACUCAAAAUUGUGUCAUAGCCCAGUGACCUUUGUGCUUUUAGCUGGCUUUUUCUAACUGAACUUCUCUUUUCCAGAGCUAACCACCCUUUUAAAAGUGACACCAUCUAUUAUGUUCUGUUUAUAUGUCUACUGGGAAAGAAUCAUUUCUGGCUUAAAGAAGAUUUAAUUUCUCAACUUACAUUAAAAAGUUAGUUAUGCCUAAAUCUUUACUGAUGAACCACAUUCAAGCAUACUUACAGAUACCGUAUUUUUAUUUCCUUAUGGAUGUAAAUAAUUUUUAAUGAAGGAAAAAUUCUUUGAAUAAAUGGUUAAUAUCUCAGUGAAAAAAAUUUAAAUGUAACCCUAAUUAAUUCAUUGGCUGAAGUUCUGACUUGAAAGAUACCAGUUUAUACAUAGUUCUACAUGUUUGAUAGGUUGCAUGCAGGCAGCGUAAUAUAGUGAAUGGAGAUUGAGGUGCAUUUAAAGGUUGUAAGAAUGAUUCAUACUGAAGGAGAAAAAACCGGCGGUAAACUGAAUAGCAAGUUAUAACAGGAAUGGGAGAAAGACCACAGGUCUUUUGUCAAUGGGUAGAACCCUCAGCUAAAAUAGAAAAUUAGAUUGAGGAAGCUCUUCCUUUUAUUAUUCGGUGGCAGUUGGAUCAGUGUUAACAUAGGUGCAGGCUAAGUACAAAACUGUGUUACAGUUAUGACAGAGGUAUGUCAGCAGCUGGAUUUGACUCCAAAAUCCCCCAGUCCAGGAACUGGUUUGAAAGAGAAUUAGCAUUUUCAUGUUGGUAAAAGUCAAGAUUUGGUGAUUUUGUUUAUAAACUGUACCUUGAAAUACUAAUUUUUUUGAAAAACCAAUAAAAAGUCUCUUGAGAAA